AACCAAAGUCUUUCUUCCCUCGCCACCUCCGCCCAACCGGGGACGUCCCUGGUUUCCAUGCCUUGCCGUAAAGUAAGAGCAAAUGCCUGAACUCUCCGCCGAUGUCUUAUCUUGGGCGAUGAGGAUUGUUAUGAUGUGGCGUUGAAGUCAGUAUGGUUGGCACACCCGUAGAUUUACCGGUCAGGUAAAAAAAACGGUGAUGUGCGGGUUUUCGGCCAACCAACUUAGAUAACACGUCCCUAGGUGGUCCUUUGCCCCUCUCCUCCACCCCUCUCAUUCCUCCCCCUCCUCUACCCCUCCCCUCCCUCCCCCUUUUCUGCCCCAUCUACUCUUUCUCAUCCUACUCCACCCCUGUUCCAUCUUUCUCCCCCUUCCCCAGGUGUGUUGUCCCUCCCCCUCACAUCCCACCCCAUCCCCUCCUCCCCACCCCUCUUCCCCAGGCAGUCCUAGUCCCAGCUGUUAUGGAGGUGGGCAGCCUGCCAGUGGAGCUGUGGAGGGUGAUCCUGGCCUACCUGCCCCUACCUGAGCUGGGCCGCUGCUGCCUGGUGUGUCGGGCCUGGAGGGAACUCAUCCUCUCCCUGGACAACACCCGCUGGAGGCAGCUGUGCCUGGGCUGCCCCGAGUGCAGGCACCCCAACUGGCCCAGCCGGCCCCACCUGGAGCCCCCGUCGUGGAGGGAGGCCCUGCGGCAGCACGCUUUGGCCAGCCGCACCUGGACCCAGAACGGACCGGAGCUUCAGCCCUCGGCCUGCUUGCAUCUGUUCCGCCGGAGGAAGGACCGGCGGGUGUGGCACGUGGGGGCGGGGUGUGAGUUUGAGACGCUGCGGGCGGCGCUGGGGGUGGUGGGGCCUUAUGACCGGGUGGUGCUCCACCCUGGAGUGUACGAGGAGCAGGCUGAGCUGGUGCUCAGGGUGCCCGUGGAGGUGAUGGGGCUCGGCAGGCUGGGGGAGGUGGCGCUGCUAGUGUGUGUGGAGCAGCAGUGCCCCACAGCCAGGCUGUGUAACCUGGUCUUCAUGCCUGCCUGGUUCUCCACUGUUGUCUACAAGACAUCGUCAGGUCAUGUGCAGCUGGACAACUGUAACUUUGAGGGGGCCCAGCUGCAGAUCCGCGGUCCGGGUACCUGCCAGGCUCGCUUCUGCUCCUUCUCACAGGGCAGCUCCGCUCACUUCCUGGGCGUUGCCCUCAGCCUACUGGAAAGCUGCGAUUUUGCGGGAAGUGACACAGCCUCUGUGACGGUGGAAGGAGCACCAGUUUCAGAGAAAAAUUGGGCCUGUAAGCACCUGGCAGUCCAGGCCCGGACUAUUACAUCCUGGGGCUCACCUGGGAAUGGUAGCCCAGGGGGAGGCCCUCAGUUUGGGAAGGACAGUGGCCUGCAGUCCCUAGGGGCAAACGUCAGCCUGAAGGACUGGAACAAACAAGACGGUGAGAGGAGGACGGGGAUCCAGGGUGGGGAGGAAGGGCUGUGUCACUACACUGUGAUCGAGGACAGCUGGACUGAGAGCGAGCCCAGCGAGGAAGAGGAGGAGGUCGAGUCCCACACCACUACUUCCCUAACCACAGGCAACAUCAUCAGCAAACCAACCGUUUACAAACUGGCCCAUGACCACCAUGGCCUCAGCCACCUCCUCAAGGCCAACCCUGACGGUUCCCUGCCCCCAACCUCGGACCCCAUUCCCCCCUCAGUGACACCUGACCUCCGCACUCUGACCCAGGAGCUCCAGAGGGAUCCUGAGGCCCAGGCACUGGCAUCAGCAGUCCAGGGCUGCGUCCUGAAGCGCUGCCUGUUCCGCGAGGGCAAGGGCGGAGUGCACGUGUGUAACCACGGCAACGCCCGCCUGGAGGGCAACGUGUUCCGGGGGCUGAACUACGCAGUGCGCUGCAUCCAGAACGCCACGGUCGUGAUGCUGCGUAACGAGGUGAGCGGUUGCCGGGCGUCUGGCGUGUUCCUUCGUCUCUCCGCCCACGGCCUCAUCGCUGACAACAACAUCCACUCCAACGGAGAGGCAGGGCUAGACAUCCGCAAGGGAGCCAACCCCAUUAUCCUGUGUAACAGAAUACACAGUGGCAUGCGUUCCGGCAUUGUUGUCCUGGGCAACGGGAAGGGUUCUAUCCGCAGCAACCAGAUCUAUAACAACAAGGAGGCGGGUGUGUACGUUCUUUUCAAUGGCAACCCUGUGGUCAGUGGGAAUCACAUCUUCCAGGGCCAGGCUGCAGGAAUAGCUGUGAAUGAGAGUGGCAGGGGCAUGAUAUUAGAGAACGUGAUCAGGGAGAACCAGUGGGGGGGAGUGGACAUUCGGAGAGGGGGUGACCCGGUGCUAAAGAACAAUCACAUCUGUCAUGGCUACUCUGAUGGGGUGGUGGUUGGAGAGCGGGGCCGCGGCCUCAUAGAGGGCAACCACAUCUACUGUAACAAAGGAUGUGGCGUGUGGGUCAUGUCCUCCAGCCUCCCUCAGCUGCUGGGGAACUACAUUACCCAUAACCGCAUGUACGGCCUGGCGGUGUUCUGCCGGAAAGACCCCGAGGGCGCAGGGCAGAGGGACACAUACCAGGAUGGGGGUGGGGGUGAAGGAGGAGGAGUAGGAGGGGGUGAAGGUGGAGGCGGAGGAGGACAAGAGAACUUUAACGAGGAAGGAGAGCUGCUGGCGUGGGAGAGUGAUCUGGACAGCGAGGACGAGCGCUUCUCUUCCCGCCGCUCCAUCAGCGUAGCUCUGGUAGAGAGCAACUGCAUGAGCCGCAACGGAGCGGUCGGCCUCUAUGUGAAGAGCAGCGAGCCGUUGAAUGUCGUUGCAAACCUUGUCAACGGUAACCGUGGUGCCGGUAUUGCCUUGCUACAGAGCAGCCAGCUGACCCGGCUGGUCGCCAAUUGUGUCCAAGGCAACAGCCGGGGCGGCAUCACAGUGGACAGGGAGUGUAGGGUGGAGCUCCGAGGAAACGGUGUCUAUGACAACGGCGGCCAUGGUGUUAGUUUCCAUGGUGAUGGGCAAAUUGUGGAGAACGACGUGGUGGGUAACCGUGGAUACGGGAUACGGGUGAUGGACUUUGCGGACGUGAAGGUGUUGCGCAACCGUGUUCAGCCAGUUCAGGGAUGUGGCAUCACUGUACAGGGGCUGGCCAAGGGCAUCAUCCAUGACAACCUGCUGUACCAAGGUCAUCCUGGUAACACAAAACCCCUGCUGCACUGUGAUCCUGGCAGCGAGAGCUGUGUGCUGCCUAACAACAGUCUGCUGAUGCAUAGCACCAGGACUUGUGCCUCCGCCCCUGCCUGGACCCUGGAGAACCCCCCCCCUCGACCUCUAGUUGAUGCCCCCUCAGGCCCCCCCACCUCCUCCGCCCGACACCCCAGCCACCUUGCCGUCUCCAUGACCACCAGGAUCACUGCCUCUGUGGAGAGUGGUUGCCAUAACAAUGGCAGCGUCUUCUGCUCCAUCCUGUGACGGAUCCCUCUUGCCCUAAAGCGUCUGAACUGAGCAAUGACAUCACUCCACAGACUUGAGAUGGUUAUGUGGGAUGUUACAACAUGGCACCUUACAGACUUCUAAAAUAGCCUGUGACUGUGCUCUAGAACACAUCCUUAGCAAGCUAACAGACAAGAUGAAAAGAAAUACCAAACCUUUUAUCACCACUUUUCUAUUAAACCAAUGUCAACAUUUAGUAAUCAAACUGCCGUCAGGACAAAAAACACAAGCUAUCUUUAGGAUUAUAGCACAUGAAUACAUGGGCACUACUUUAUAUUCCAAUGCUGAAGCACAGGUCAAGCUUUUAUCCAUAUUUAAUCAAUUUAAAGAAUACAUGAAUUCACCAUAGUAUAUAGGUGUAGUGAUCAUACGGAAGACAUAGCUUAGUUGACUGGGGUGUUGAGUUUACCGGAACUAGUUUGAAAGUCAAUUGAAGAUCAUAUCCAUCUGCUACGAUGUCGAUGCUGUGCCUUGAUGGAUGGAGGAGUAUAUGAGCAGUGACCGAUCUACCAAAUCAUCAACUGAUUUCCCUGAAUAAUGUGUAAUAGUAGACCAGCCUAGUCUUACCCCUCAGCUGAGCACAGUGACUGGGUUGGGUUUCCAGGUGACAUACCAUGCUUCAUCUAAUCUGAAAUGUGCAAUAUGUAACGUCUACAAAUGUGCCUCUACAAUUUGCUAUACAAUAUAAACAUGGAUGUUUUCAGUCACUUGUCA